AUUUCUCUAUGCUGUGGCAUAUUCCCGCCAAACGGAACACCAAAUGCACAAGCUGCCGCCACGUGUUGGGUCCACAUCCACCCAUCUACAUGUAACCCCCUCUGCCCCAUACCAAACUCCAUUUGCGCAUCGCGAAUCCCCCAAAAUCUCUUAUCUUUCUCUACUUCGCUUUCACCGUACAGCCAGAAUUUGCUCAAACACGUUUUCCUCUGGUUCAUUUUUGUCAGAAUUUACAAUGUCGAAGGCUCUCGAUCGGAUAUCAAGCCCUUGUUGUUGCAAAGAUGGCAAGCACAAACAGAAAUCAGAUCCUGAAAUAUCUGAAGAAAAUAUGAAAUCUGGAAUUCUGAAAAAAGCAAGAAUCAUGUCUAGUAAACUAAGGAAUUCUCUAAGAAACAAGAGCAAAAGGAGAACUGAUUUUGGAGUUUAUAAGAUUGAGGAUAUUCGUGAAACUGAGGAACAGAAGGUUGUUGAUGCUUUUCAACAAGCACUGAUCACAGAUAAUUUGCUUCCUGCAAGAUUUGAUGAUUACCAUGUAAUGUUAAGAUUUCUGAAAGCAAGGAAGUUUAACAUUGAAAAAGCAAAAGCGAUGUGGGCAAACAUGCUUCACUGGAGGAAAGACUUCGGCGCUGAUACUAUCAUGGAGGUGAGCAUGAAUUUGUAUGUCAUUAGAUUCAUAAAUUCUAUUCAAUUGUUUUGGAUUUAUGUGAUGCUGAGUGCCUUUAGAAUUGACCACAACAUGGAGGCUUUUCAUGCUAUGAAGGACUUGGACUUCAAGGAGUUGAAUGAGGUUCAACGCUAUUAUCCUCAUGGAUAUCAUGGUGUUGACAAGGAUGGGAGACCUGUAUACAUUGAGAUAUUGGGUAUGAUUGAUGUUGACAUGCUGCUCCAGGUUACGACUUUGGACCGAUUUGUGAAAUACCAAGUGCAGGAGUUUGAGAAAAGUCUUGCUGUUAGGUUUCCAGCAUGCUCUGCUGCAGCAAAUAGACAUAUAGAUUCAAGUACUACAAUUUUAGAUGUUCAAGGAUUGGGUCUAAUGAGUUUGACUGGCCCCGUUACAGACUUCAUUAGGACAAUCCAAAAGAUUGAUAAUGACAAUUAUCCUGAAACACUUCACCAAAUGUUUAUCAUCAAUGCUGGCCCUGGCUUCAGGCUGAUCUGGAACUUAGUCAAGCCUUUACUUGAUCCUGAAACGUCAUCAAAAAUUCAGGUUCUUGACAGCAAAUACCAAGGCAAAUUGCUUGAAGCAAUUGAUGAGAGCUGUACUUGUGAGACUGAGGGGGGCUGUUUGAGGUCAGAUAAAGGACCCUGGAACAAUCCAAAUUUAUUAAACGUGAGAAAACAGCAAACUGUGGCCAUUUGUGUGAGGAGUGAUCUGAUGCAUUGGAGCUUGAAGAAGCAAAACGUUCACAGAAUGUGUUUCUUAAUCAGUUGAAUUUAAGGUACAAGUAGCCGGUGAUAGGUUGUGCACACACUUUGAUGACAAUCAUUUGAAGUCGAGUACUUAGCCGACGAGGGUGAUCUUUUUUCUUAAAGUUCAGUGACCUCCAUUCUUAUUGUCAUGCUUCUGGAUGAAUGUUGGGGACAUAGGUUAUACAAUCCACGGUAUUCUCUUCAAAUUUUAUUUUAUUUUUUGAAUAUUGAGUUGGUUUUAAUUUAUGUGCAACCUAACCAAUCCUUGGAUCAUUAGUAAGAAUGUCUGGAAGUGAAAAAACAUAGUUCUACAGAAAAUAGAAUGUCAUCUUUUGCCUAAAUGAAUAAAUAAACAUUUCAUUGUUCAGAAUCAGGAAAGUAUAUAAUAACUGCUAAAAAAACGAAAUGUUUCCUCAAACUUCUGCAAAUUAAUAGAAAGAAAAAAUAAACCAACGAUCUGUACCCUACAAUAGGCUUAAUACUGAAUCAAAAAUCAUGAAAAAAAUGUAUAUCGACAAAACCUGAAUCAAGACAAAACUUUUCCGUCUCUUAUAUUAGAACUUGUGCCCGAAAAAAUCAAGCAUUUGUGUAUUUGUCCUCGAGGAAUUUAACCAAGCCAAUUAAUGCAAUAUCGGGAUCUUCACUCUUCAUCAGCUCCCCCGCCAGCUCAGCAGGUGUCGCCUUGACUUUUGCCAGGAGCUCGUCAAUAACCGGAAACAACGAGUGCUCCUUUAUCCUCAGAUAACUCCAGGCGAGUAUCUUAAAUCCACCAAACGUGCAGUAAGACAUCUCGAGGUGAAUAUCCAUACGGCCUGGCCUAAGCAAAGCUGGGUCCAGUCGAUUUUUGUGGUUUGUUGUGAAAACUAUAAUCCUCUCGUCCCCACAGCUCGACCAAAGCCCGUCUAUGAAGUUGAGCAGUCCAGACAGAGUUAUCUGUUUCAUCUUCACUAGUUGCACUAUCCACCUCUCUAUUCUGCAACCCCACAUUGCAAUCGAUAUCCUCGAUCACAAGUAUGGAUCGAUUAGCCGAGCCAAUUAACAGCCUCCUCAAAUCUGAAUUACACUGCACCUCCCUCAAAUCCAAGUCAUACACAUCAAACUUGAGAUGAUUGGCCAUGGCUGCAACCAGGCUCGACUUUCCAGUCCCAGGCGGCCCGUAAAAUAAGUACCCUCUUUUCCAAGCCUUCCCCACCCUUCUGUAGUAAUCCCUUCUCUUCACAAACCUGUCCAAAUCCUCAAUUAGCCCCCUUUUCACAUCCGAAUCCAUAGCCAUGGUAUCGAAAGUUGCCGGGUGGUUCAAAACCACCGAGCUCCAAUAAUCGGUGCCGUUGUAAUCCACUGUGUGAAGCCUCACAUUCCUCAUCUGUUCCUUAAUCUCUUUUGCCUUUCUCAAUAUGUGGGGCAGGUAGACCUUCAGAACAGAGUCCUUGUGCUUUUUAUUGAAGCUCAGCUCGAAAAAUCGGAGUUCAGUUCUGGCGCUGGAGCUCUUCUUCCCGUCCGGCUCCCUAUUGGAGAUGGCCGACGACUGGAGGAUCCACCGGAAUUUUAUCCCGCUGUGGAAAUCGAUGAUUUCCUGAUUCCGAUCAACGGUGACGGCCAAAUCGUCGUCCUUUUCUGGUUUGUUGAUUUUGAUCCGCCGCGUGGAGGGGGAGAUCCGGGAGCCGAGGUAGGUGGUGGCGGCGUCGAAGAGGUGGUUGGCGGUGAGGCCGUCGGACUCGUCGAUGACGACGGUGAGCUGGGUGGAGAAGCGGUCGGCGAUUUUGUAGAGUGAGGAGCAGAGGUAGGUGUGGAUCUGUUGGGGGAUUAUUUCGUUGGCGAUGGAUUUGAUGAGGAUUAGGGUUCCGAUGACGGAGGCCGCCGCCGUCAGGGUUUUGUCGGCGGUGGGGAGAGAUUCCGAUGAGAACAUCAUUCUUUUU